AUGCUGAGCAAGAAAGUGACACAGAGCGGCCUAGAGUACUACGACAACAACAUUCUUUCGUCUUCUGUUUUUAUCCUGGUGGGAGGCUUAGGUGACUCUAUGGAUGGCUUCUAUGUGGACAGCAUGAUGCAAUUUGGUAUUAAGAACAACCACAGAGUGCUAAGUGUAGGGCUACGAUCUAUGCCUCACUAUGGCCUGUACACAAUAGACGAUGAUGUGCAGGAUAUAAACAGCUUCUACACUGACUUAGAGAUAGAAGGGUACGAGUACGUGUGGUUCAUAGGCCACUCAACAGGCUGCCAAGUUCUAAUGCUCUAUUCGAUGCGUAAGAAAAUGAAAGAAAAUGAAACAAUAGUACUGCAGGCUCCAGUGAGCGACAGAGAACACGCAGAAAGCAAAAGCGUAAAUGUAAAAGAAAAAAUAAAAGUAGCACAGAAGCUGGUAGAGAUGAUGAAUGAGAACGAAGGAAUGAUUCUUUAUUUGAGCCACGAAGAGGGUAUAAUUAGAGCAGAUAGAUUUAUAAGCUUGUUUAUGGAGGGAGGAAAAGAAGAUUUCUUUUCAUUGGGGCAAAGCACCAAACAUUUGAACCCAUCGAAUGCCAAAAUAUUCAGUAUACUCAGCACUGAAGAUGAAUAUGUUGUGUCUCCUAUUGAUAAGAUAGUAGAGCACUUGAAGAGCAUAGCUGGAAUGGAGGAUGUGUAUCUGGUUAGGUCUAACCACGGGUUUACAGGAGAACACGGAAGCACUGGUCUUUCUGAUUUUCUGCAGAUUAUCAGUUGUAUUAUUGCUAAAUCAGGAUACAUUAAUAAAUAG